AUGGGACCAGCCGCUGGAACGCCUUCCUUUAUUGAGAAGCUUCUGCAAGUGGAAUUUCUCGACCCCGAUCCGUUCGUUGACUACAAGGCAGGCGAGGAAGUUAAUGGCUUCAAUUUGAUAAACGAGGGCUUUCGUAAGCCCAUCGUGGUGUCGCACAAGGUGGGACUCCGCAUGAAAGUCCCGCCAGCAAACUUUUCCCUACGCGACGUCGUAGCGUACACGGACCCCUCAAUCAUCAUUGACGUCAUCGAUGUACUCUACCAAACGGACAUGCAACUGUCGCUUGGCGAGUUCGUCGAUGAAUUCUACGAGAAGCCACGCGAACGCCUCCUCAAUGUCUUGAGUUUUGAGUAUUCGCAAACCAGGCUGGCCAAGUUCAUUCGACCGCCACAUGUUGUGAAGGAAUUAAGUCUUGUUGACAACUGCUGGGCCGAGCCGACAGAUGAAGACGACGAAUGUGGCACGGGUUCAUCGGAAAGACCCAAUGUUCAGAAGUACUGCCUCAUGAGUAUGGCCGGUUCUUACACAGAUUUUCACAUUGACUUUGGUGGCUCGUCCGUCUGGUAUCACGUUCUCUGGGGCGAGAAGAUAUUCUACGUGACGCCGCCCAGUAAGGACCACUUGGAGGCCUACUGGCGAUGGAAUGGCCUCCUUGACAAUCGUCGCGUUUUCUUUCCCGACACCAUCAACAAAAUCGAUUCGCGAAUUCCCGUGGCUCGUCUUCACCUGAAGGCCGGUGAAACUGUCCUGCUACCGGCGGGCUGGAUUCACGCCGUCUACACUCCAACGGAUAGCCUCGUGUUUGGAGGCAACUUCCUCACACAACUUAGCAUUCCGCUUCAACUAGGUGUUUACCACAUGGAAGUGAAGCAGGGUACAAGCCAGCGCUUCCUCUUUCCUUUCUUUGAAAAGCUCCACUGGUACGCUGCGGACGUCAUUCUCGGCAGAUUGACAAACGAUCUGUACGCUGGCCAGGAACCCCCAACCUACCUCCUCAAAGCAGCCCACGCCCUUCUCAGACCUCUCAGUCAAUGGUUUCAACAGAGAAAAGUCUUACCAAAAGGCCAGCGCAACUACUACCUGCCGGCCAGAACUUACCUCCAGUACGCGUGUCCCACACUGAUUGGGAAACUUGAGGAGGUCGUUCAAGCGUUCCUCUCCAAACUCCACCCCACGUCGUCGUCAUCAGGCCGGAGGCGUAGACGUAAGAGACCCCAUCGUAGCCCCGUCCGAAGAGAAUCACCCUCGUCUGGCCACACCUCGUCGACGAGUCCGCAGGUUUAUGAUCCCUGCGAUCAGGAUCGCGCCUCGUUGAAUCCGCGGUCGGAGGACAACGCGGAGGCCGAGACGCCCUCGUCGAUGUCGGAAGUGCUCCAAGCAGUGCCAGAAUUGCGAAACAGCAGGCUGAUUGGAGACCACUACGUCUUCUCCCUUCCGGAGUCGGGCGAAGAGAGCGGUGUCAGAUCGUCGUCGCGAAAACGCCUACUCUCCCGGAGGCGUCUCCAGCCAACCCCCAAAGAUCCCGAUCCCACUUGGUGCGCCUCUCCCAGUACCCUCGGUAAGCGGAAGCGCCCCUCAACCAAGAAGCCGCACUUGAAGCAGGCCUUCGUGCAACCUCGGCACAUGUCGUCAGACCCGUUUCGUGCCUCCUCGCACGCCAUUCAUCGCCACCAGCCCCCGUCGACCUCGCGCGCCAAUUUCCCAACCACCUCUUCGGCUGUCGCCGUGAAAACCAGCCGCAAGCCAGCGCCAGUUCGAAGGGAGAAGACCACGGUGAGACAACGCCUGGCGAAGCGCCUCGGACUGUGA